AGAGAGUUACCUAACAAAAUGGUGUUGCUCCAAUGCAUGGCAUCUGUCACCAUAUUCAUUUAGCAUCAGAAGUUCCUAAGCUGUCUAUCAUUUAUUUCUUCACUUGACUUUUAAUUUUCACCGGUGUGAUGUGCAUCAUCACAUAACAUAAGAUGCCGAGCCGAAACCGUUUCUUUUCAUCAAUAUCUAUCUAUCUAUAUUAAUAUGUUUGUCUCUCUUGGCAAGAGAUAAAGACUUUGCAUCAUUGCUUUUGUUUUAACUUAGACACACGGAGGGAUAGAAACCGCUGAGGGAAAGAGCAUGAGAACUAUGAAGGAAUGGUUCACAACUUCAAAGGCUGUGUUGAGCAUGCUGCUGGUGCAGGUUAUUGGAACCGGGAUGCAGCUCUUAUCAAGGGUUAUACUGGUUGAAGGCUCUUCCAUUUGUGCACUUAUUGCAUAUCGUCAUGUUGUUGCUGCUAUUUGUGUUGCCCCUUUUGCACUCUACUUCGAAAGAGACCGCACGAAGAAGUUCAGUUGCAGGGUUUUGUUUUGGCUCUUCAUUAACGCGUUAAUGGGGAUGGCCCUGGCUCAAGGAUUGUUCUAUUAUGGUCUGCGAGACACUUCAGCUACUUACUCUGCAAAUUUUCUCAACUUAAUUCCUAUAUUCACCUUCUUUACCUCUAUCAUUUGCAGAAUGGAGAAUCUGGUGCUGCAAACAAGGGCUGGUAAAGCUAAGUGUGUAGGGGCAAUUUUGUGUGUUGGUGGUGCAUUAGUUACUGGUCUUUACAAAGGGAAGCAAUUUAGUAUUGAUCAUCAUAGUCAUCACCUUCAAAUUGCAGCACACAGAACCCAUAUGCUUCGUGGCUCUUUCUUUUUGAUUGGUAGCUGCUUCUCAUACACUGCUUGGUUUAUUGCACAAGUGAUGUUGCUGAAAGUAUUUCCAUUGAGGUACUGGGGAACAAUGCUGACAUGCAUUGUGGCAGCAAUUCAAGCAGCAAUAAUGGGUGUCUUCAUAGAUUCAAAUAAAGCUUCUUGGAGAUUAAACUGGAAUCUACAACUCAUCACAAUAUUGUAUUCGGGAGCACUGAAUACUGCUGCUUCAUUUUGCUUACUAUCUUGGGCAAUCAUGGCCAAAGGACCUACUUAUCCUCCAAUUUUCAAUCCACUUUGUCUUAUUUUUGUGGCCUUAUCUGAAGCUAUCGUACUUGGACAACCAUUAGGAGUUGGAAUGUUGGUGGGAAUGGUUUUGAUCAUAACGGGAUUGUACUUCUUUCUGUGGGGCAAAAAGAAUGACACACAGCACUUGCCUCAACCAAUUGUUGCAGCUGUAGAAGGAUCAACAGUUAUGGCUGAUGGGCCUCAAUCAACAUGUACAGUCAUACAAAGUUCUUCACCUAUCAACGCUGUGGUUCUUGAAAUUGAAAAGACAGAAAAAAACUAACAGCUAAUAGGGUCACUUUGUUUUUGUUAAGAAUUAAGAUGUUGUCUUGCUAGCUCUGUCUUUAGAAAGUAGAAAUUAUUAAGGAACAAUAUCGUAUCUAUUUUCUUGCUGAAGAAACAGUCAAAUAUAGGGCAGCUGAUAAAUAAAAAGUAAAGGACUAUGUUGUAAUAACUUUAAGUAAAUUUUUAA